GCGGUGGAGAAGUUCUUGCCACAGGUCUGGCACUUCAUCGGUCCUUCACCGGAAUGCACUUUCAUGUGAGCCUCGAAGUCUACCUUCGAACGGCAGAUUUUCGCACAUACUUCGCAUCUGUAACGUUGCUUCCCGGAAUGUGUCAGCAUGUGACUGUCGAGACUUGCCGGCUGGUAGUAACUUUUUCCACACAGACUGCAGGUGAAGGAUGGUUUAUCCAGAUGACUGAACAUGUGAUUGCGCAGAGCUUGCUUGGUAGCGUAUGAUUUCUCACACUGGGCACAUUCGAAGAAGGAUUUCCCGGUGGUGUGCGAAUGCAGAUGCCGUAUCAUAUCUGUCCGUCGCUUGAACUGUUUGCCGCAGAUUUCGCACUCGUGUGGCUGCUUUCUAGUAACAGUUUUUGGGCAGACAUUCGGCUCGGUAAGGCUUCAAUCGAAAAAAGAAAGCAGUUGUAAAUUCCGUAUCAAGCUAUGCACAGUUUACCUUACCACGUUGACUCGAUUUUAAUGCAAUCUUCAAAUUCUCCAGUCUCCAUCUCCAGUUCACUGAAUCCGUCAAAUUCAUGAGUGGUAUUCAUUUUAUUUUUAAAAAAACUACAAUUAUUUGAAUCACCGGAAUCAAUCAAAGAAUUAAAAAAAAAUCGAUUUAGUUUACGUGAAAUGACAGCUAAAAUGACCCCCACAAAAAAUUGAUGCUUGUGUGAUGUUGAUAGUAACCGACAAAAUAGUCUUUUUUCUCGAAUGAAGGCCGCACUGACAAAUGUUCAUGCUAAGCCUCAUGUAACAUUAAAAAAAAAGUAUAACGGCACCAGAAGUAAAUUUAAAUCCUUAAAGCAAAAUUUACCGUGAAUAGCCAAAAAUCACCAGAGUGUUAUAAAGAUUGUCUGACUUUUUUUAGGUUUACUCAUAUGAAAUAAAAUUCGAGGUUUUUCAAGUUGAGAAUGACUCAAAUUUGGAAUAAUUCCCAAUAACAGUGUAGCGUUUGUUGUGUCUUUCUUGCUGAUAGCAAAAUUUGUUUUGUUGUUUUACCUGUCCACAUAUUAAAUAGCCGAAAUUUAGUAAAAUCUAGUUUGCUCAAACCGAUAGAGCUUUUAUUUGUACUUGCGUGAAGUAGAAAAAUGGAACACAUCACAAAAAUUGAACCAAAUAAUGGGGUGGAACAAGGUGCAGUCGAUUUCAACACGGAAAUUCACAUCAAAGUUGAAUCUCCGCGCCUGAACGAGCCCAUCGAACCUGCAGUUACUACUGCUCAUCCAAAGCCUGCUGAUGCGAAACAUGCACCGAAAAACUGUAAGUUCUGCGGAAAAACGUACAAAUACCGAAAGACUCUGGCACGGCAUCUGCGGAGCCAUACCGACGACAAUUCAUUGGACUGUUCCAAGUGCGGAAAAGUAUUCCGCAAUCGGCAGCAUCUGCUGCAGCACAGUAUGGUCCAUACAGAAGAACGAUCUUUCCGGUGCAAUGUUUGCGAUAAAGAAUUCAAGUAUAAGCAGAGCAUGAUAAUACAUCUACGGACGCACACCGGAGAGAGGCCUUACGCGUGCAGCGAGUGUGGAAAAACGUUCGGUAAAAGGUGUACUUUGAAUCAGCACAAAUUUUGCCAUGCCAAUGCAGCUGUCGAAUGUGAAGUUUGUGGGAAUAGCUAUUCCAGUCGGAAAAUUCUGCUCACUCAUAUGCUUAUACAUACCGGCAAGCAGCGGUACGUGUGCGAAGUCUGUGGGAAACGGUGUAAAUCGAGAACAUACCUCGAGGCCCACGCGACGGUCCAUCUUGGUGGGGAGCCUUUCAAGUGUGAAACCUGCGGUAAGAACUUCAGCUGUGUAUUUUACUUAAAAGCACACAAACGGCUGCAUACCGGGCAAGGGCUAUUUAAGUGUGAUAUUUGUAGCAAGGAGUUCGCGUUUAAAGCGACACUACAAACUCACUUGACAAUUCACUCGGAUGAACAGCCGCACAAGUGCGGUAUCUGCGGUCGAGGAUUUAGAGGUGAAGAUGGAUUAUUGCGGCACACUCGCACUCAUAUCGUUGGGCAACUUUAUGAAUGCAGCAUUUGUAAAAAGUCCUUUAUCAGCCAGAAUAGCUUGGAGAAACAUUUAACGAUUCACAAUACAGACGAGCGUUGUAAUGAAACUUAUUCCAGUCCACCAGAGACACUUGGAAUUAAUGCAGAAAAAAGGCCAAACUAUACCGAAAGCGACACUGCUUUCGAAGUUUCAAAUUCCUUUCCAAGGCGCAAAAAGAAGGGCUCCGUGCAUGAUAAAAUUCACGCGUGCGAUAUCUGUGGGAAUGAUUUCAACGCAAGAAAGGCUUUGAUAAAACACAUGAAGUCUGUACACGAGUUGGGUCAGCCCUACCAGUGUUUAAAGUGUGGCGAAAGCUUUGCCCUUAGCGUGGAACUGCGACAGCAUAGUUUUACGCAUUCCGAAAAGAAGCACUUGGAGUGUCGAGUGUGCGGUAUGAAGUACACUUCGUACAUUGGUCUCUACAGGCACAGGAAAAGUGCUCAUGAGAAGAAAAUCAACGAUCCGUAAUCUGGAUUUAAUGAGGGUGAUUCAUAACGUAUCUAAUUUAUUGUAAUGUUGGGAUUAAUUUUAAAUAUAUUGUAAUUUGUAAGAAAAAACUA